GUGGGCCGGCCGCCGCGGGGAGAUAGGCCCCCGGGGGGACGGCGGCGGGGCCAUGGCCCGGAGACCCGGGGCGCCGGCCGCCCACGGGGAGGAGUUCACCUUCGUCAGCCCGCUGGUGAAAUACCUGCUCUUCUUCUUCAACAUGCUUUUCUGGGUGAUUUCCAUGGUGAUGGUGGCUGUGGGAGUCUACGCUCGGCUGAUGAAGCAUGCAGAAGCAGCCCUGGCCUGCGUGGCAGUGGACCCUGCCAUCCUGCUGAUUGUGGUGGGCAUUCUCAUGUUCCUGCUCACCUUCUGCGGCUGUAUUGGAUCCCUUCGUGAGAACAUCUGCCUCCUACAGACGUUCUCGCUCUGCCUCACCAUCGUGUUCCUGCUACAGCUGGCUGCAGGGGUCCUGGGCUUCGUCUUCUCCGACAAGGCACGAGGGAAAGUAAGUGAGAUCAUCAAUAAUGCCAUUGUGCACUACCGAGAUGACUUGGAUCUACAGAACCUCAUUGAUUUUGGCCAGAAAAAGUUCAGCUGCUGUGGAGGGAUUUCCUAUAAGGACUGGUCCCUGAACAUGUACUUCAACUGUUCAGAAGACAAUCCCAGCCGUGAGCGCUGCUCUGUGCCUUAUUCCUGUUGCUUGCCUACCCCAAAUCAGGCAGUGAUCAACACCAUGUGUGGCCAAGGUAUGCAGGCCCUUGACUACUUGGAAGCUAGUAAAGUCAUCUAUACCAAUGGCUGUAUUGACAAAUUGGUCAACUGGAUACACAGCAACCUCUUCUUUCUUGGUGGUAUAGCACUGGGCCUGGCCAUCCCCCAGCUGGUAGGAAUCCUGCUGUCCCAGAUCCUCGUGAAUCAAAUCAAAGAUCAGAUCAAGCUACAGCUGUACAACCAGCAGCACCGAGCUGACCCAUGGUACUAAGAUUCCAUCCUGCACCUCCUCACUAUGGCAACAGGCGAGCCUCAUCUACCAAAAGCAAUGGGUAUAGCUUUCAGCACCAAAUGGAGAUCUGGAUUCCAGUCCCCCAGCGACAGCCCAGUGGAAAGAAGCCAACUCCAGCCGGGCAGAAGGCAGGGUGCACAGGUGGCUCCAGCCUAGGAAGGGCACACCUCCUCCUCUCCUCAUCCUAGCCCGUCAGCAUUGUUAGAGUUAUUUUUAACCUUAUACGUUUGGCUUUAUUUUUUUUUUUAAACUGUUUCUGGGCAGAGAUGUUUGGGGAACAGUAGUUGCAGAGAGUCUUGGGGGUACUAGGUGCUGCUUUUCACCAAGGCGCUACAACCAGCAUUCUCCCUGGGCUGCUAGUGAGCCUGCUGGACAUCCUCUGAUUCCAUCUGUUGCCAGCAAGACCUGGCUGGAGAGUGGACUCUAAUAGUCCUACCUGGAGUCCAGUUGGUAUGCUACCAGCUCCAGAAGGGAAGGGAAUGGAACAGGCAGUGAGCCUGGGGUCGACUGGGGACAGUUGUAUGUGUUGGGUAGGAGUGGAAGGCGAUGUGUUUACUAAAUGCUGCCCUGCCAUCCUCCCAGGUAGUCAAAGUGAGCUACAUCCUGCCCCUCCCUCAUUUCCAUGGAAACAUGGCAGCAAGGGCAAGGGUACAAGAGCUGCCAAAUUCAUCCCUCUCCCCCACUCCACCCCUUUUUUAACAGAUUUGAAACCAUGGUCUUUAUACUCUGCAGCUAGCAGAGGUGGGACUGAGCCACUUGUGCCCGUGAAUUCCUCCCCUCUGGCCCUCCCUCUCCAGCAAGGGGGGUUUCUUUAGCCUUGGCAGUGUACUGUGGAGGCAAGGAUAACACCCCCGCCCCCAUCACGCCGCACCAGAGCUCAGUAUUUCUACAGUGUAAGAAACAGGGAUCUUGCUGGGGCCAGGGAGCCAGAAGUGGCAAUAAAAGUUGUUGACCUGCGCUAAA